AUGGCGAUCCUAUUCGCGCUGGUGGCGAGGGGAUCGGUGGUGCUGGCAGAGUUCACCGGAGGGGCCCUGGCCAACGCAAGCACCAUCUCCCGUCAGGUCCUGGAAAGAAUUCCCAGCGGUGAGGACAGCCAUGUUUCCUACUCCCAGGACCGCUACAUCUUCCACGUCAAGCGCACCGACGGCAUCACUGUCCUCUGCGUGGCUGACGACGCCGCCGGCCGUGAGCUCCGAUCAAACCUACCUACAUAACUCUCUCUCUCUCUCUCUCUGCUUUUGAAAUUUUGAUGCUCCAAAAUACUACUCUUUGUUCGCUAACGGUCAAUGAGGUUUUUAAUAUUCUUCCGGGGACGAGUAGCGCCUGGAUUUCGACAUUUCCUCUUUGUGAUAGCCCUCGAAUCCCCUCUUCAAUGCUAAUCGAGAUCUUUGCGGUUUACAUGUCGUCUGGGGGACGGGAAGGAUGUCUGCAUUUUCUGUUUGCUUGUCUCCUGCGGUUGAAGGAUUCCUAGAUCCUGGAUGAGCCCAUUCUUCAAGAUAUACGUAUUUAAAUCCUAUUAGUUUCGAAACUGGUUCGAAGAUUCUAGGUGACCAGGAACGUAAGAAUUUUUCGUGAAGAUUCUUUUCCGGAUAUUCCUUCUUCAAUGUGUCAAGCAGCCAGUGCUCUACAUUUCAUUCCUUUUAUUUUCGUUAUGUGUUCUAAUUGUAUCUUCCCUCAUGAUUUUGUAUUAUGGAAUUAGCGCCAACAGUAAUACAAUUCUGUGGCUUAAAAGAGAGCUUGACAUGCGUCAAUAAUUUUCCCAUGAAAAGCUUGAAGUUUUUCAUUAAUUUUACCUUAAAAAUAUAUUUUUAUCUCUUGAACCAUCGUUCGGUGUAGGAUGACUCAAUGGGAUCUUGGUGCAGCAUUUCUCUUCCUACUUCAGUGGAGUCAGAAGUGAUUGGAGUUGACUGAUUCUUAUCAGAAUAGAUUUCUACUGAUUUUUAUUAUAUAAAUGAAUCAAAGGGAUUUUAUAGGGCAAACCAUUGAUCCAUUCUUUCACGACCAUGGCGUCAUACUUGUUGGGCCACCGAAUGAAUAUAUCUUUUCUGGUCUCUCUUUUGCAGGUAGAAUCCCUUUUUCCUUUCUAGAGGACAUCCAUGCAAGGUUUGUAAAGACAUACGGCCGUGCUUGCCACACUGCACCUGCCUAUGGGAUGAAUGAUGAAUUUUCUCGGAUUCUUAGUCAACAAAUGGACUACUACUCAAAUGACCCAAAUGCAGACAGGAUGAAUCGCCUCAGAGGUGAAAUGAACCAGGUAAUCGAUUACCUUGUUGUUGUCAUUGCUAAAAAAAUUAUUGAAGGUAAUUGUACUAGAUGAAGAAAAGCAAAACCCCCAAAGUGAAUUCUUAAUGGGUUAUUACUUGAAACCAUGCCUGUAGUAAUAAGAAAAGAAUGCAUUGGUGUUUACUAAUGUGAAAAAUAACCAUACUUUAAAUCAUUAGUUCUUCUUGAAGUUGCAAACGUUGAAGUGAGCACACCGGAGCCAAGCUAAGCCAUAAUUGUGGCUAGUUUAUUCAGACUGAAGUAUUCGUAGAAUCCAUGCCAUAUUGUGUGUUACUUAUACUUUCUCCCACGAUAGAGGGAGAGAUGAGAAAUGUUAAAGGAACUGGAGCAUAAAGCAAAAACUGACAAAAAUAAGGAGGUGGACUCAUAUUGGGAUGGUUGGUAGGUAAAAUUUAGGUUGGUUUAUUAACUUGUCUUCUUAAUGUGGUUGGUUCAUCUUCUCUCAAAAUAUUGUUUGAGAUGUUCCACUUGACAUGGGGGCUUCACAAGCCCUUAAUCGACCAGUUUGUUGAACAUUCGUCAUGAAACUUUGUUAAUUACUGAUUUUAGUUGACAUGGAAUUUCAGCAAGUAAAUUUAAUUUACUUGAAAGACAACUUUAUAAUCUGGAAAAAAAAUCUACGUGAAGGUCAUUAUAUUCAUUGAGGCACUAAAUUUUGAGUGGGACAUUUUUUCCGUAGCGUAUACCAAUGUGUAGUAUUGCAGAGGAUGAAAGACAGAGCCAGGGUAGGAUAAAGUUAUCAUGGAAUUUGAUCAGUUUGACCAAUGGUUACAUCAUGGAAUAUGUGGGCAUUGGAUUCCUUAUGCGUUUUGUGAAGGAAUCAGACUGUCCAGCUAAAACCUGAUUGGGUAUAAGUGUACUCUCUUCUAUUUAAACCAGUGGAUUUCGUUCUCAGAAUCAAUCAGACACUUGACCCCUAAGUAGGAAUAUACAGAAUUAUGCAAGUUUGGUACGAAUUUUUUUUUUAGUUGAACCUAAUUACCCAUUUUACUCUCUUUUAGAAGCAAUAGGAUUUAUCUCAUUAAUGACUCGUCACUCUAUUAUUUCUUUUUAUAUUUAUUUUUCAUUCUCUUACCUUGUUAUCUUGCUCUGAUGUGUUCACUCUUGAUAUGUGCUUAUUUCACUCCUUUUUCUCUUUUUAUGCAAGGCACAAUUAUCUUGUUACCACUGCUCUUAGUGGGGCUGAGGCGUAUUUUUAUUCUUGUUUGGCAGUUCAGGUGUACGCCAUCACAGCAUGUGAUUUUAAUCACUGGGAAAUUUUUGAAAAAAUAUUUUCCCGCCGUUUGUAUUUAGUUCUAUAACCAAAAUUGAUCAGUUUGUGUCAUGAUGUUUCGUGGUGGUAGUUAGAAAGCUACAAUUACAAAAGAGAUGUAUCCCUACUUGAGAUUUUGUUGCAUUCGAGAUAGUUUCUGUACCCUAUAAUCUCUGUACUACUUGUGUGAGACAUGUUCUUGGUUUGACUAUACUUAUGCCUCAGAUAAUAAAGAUGUUGUUAGUCUAAUCAUUUUCUUCCUACAGUAAACUGAUUCUUCAAGAUCUAUUUUGUGAUCAAAGUAUUUCAUCUCACGUUUUCCACAGGUGCGUAAUGUGAUGGUUGAGAACAUCGACAAGGUUCUAGAAAGAGGUGACCGGCUAGAACUGCUCGUGGACAAGACUACAAAUAUGCAAGCAAACACUCAUCGAUUCAGGAAGCAAGCUCGCCGUUUCAGAAACUCUGUAUGGUGGAGAAACGUAAAGCUGAUGUAAGUUCUCUCAUUUUAGAGGCUAUUAAUAGUUUCCUUUAAAAUUACUGGGAUUUAGACAGCCAGAAGUGCAAGGUAGAAGAAAUAGAGGCCUAUAUUAUGAGAACUUGUGUAAAGUUGAUGAUGAUUUCUGAUUGAAUAAGAAUGAAGUAGGAUGGCAAUGAAAGCUGUUUCUUUGGCAUCCGAGAUUAAAUGCUUUGUUUAUCCCCACUAGAUUGCUAGAAAACGCAACAAAAGUCUUACUUUCCUCUGAAUGAGUCACAAUAAUACUAGAACGAGUAGAAUAUCCUGAAUUAAGUGCCUUACUCUAAAUAUUGUUUCACACAUGUCUAUUACUUUUUAACGUCUGGCGUCAUUCAACCUGCAGGAUAUUGUUGAUCCUCCUACUUUUGGUUGUGAUCUAUGUUUUGCUGGCAUUUUUGUGCCACGGGGUCACCUUGCCUUCAUGUAUUAGGUAA